AUGAACCGCUCAACAAUCUGCCAGCAACUAAGAAAGCGGCUUAGUAUCAUCACGCUGGCCACCUUUCUCGCAUCUUUGGCGUUUCUCUUCUUCACGUACCUCGAUCCAGAGGCCCGGGCUGUCCGGGGCAUCGCUCGACUUGGCCGGCCGGCCUCCCGUCCGACCGAGACCUCGUCCAUGUUUGGCGACGUUAUCGAGGCGCUCUAUAAACCCCAAAUACAUCCCAUCACGGCCGAAAACUUUACCGACGAGACUGGUCAAGUGUUUCGAAAUUCCGGCGAGCCCUUUUACAAAAAGGGCCUGGGAAAGCGCGUGUUGAUCCUCGAUGCCGACACACGGCCGAUGAACAAGGACGGGGAGCUACUCAGCAGCGGCGGCAUGAAGUGGCCGCAUCCAGAUCCUAUAUCCUCUGGUAUGCUCAGCCACUAUCUAUACUCGCGAAUCCACGGUUACGAUUACCAGCUCAUCCAAGUCACGCGCAUCUCUGACUGGUCCAACACCUGGUCCAAGAUCCCCGCCAUCAAGCACGCCCUCAUGUCCUACGACUUGGUCGUCUUUCUCGACCAGGACGCCGUCUUCCGCUACCCGGCCCUGCCGCUCGAGUGGCUCCUCAACCACUGGCGGCACACCAACGAGACGGCGCUCCUGCUCGCCGCCGACCCGGACAAGGCCUUCAACACCGACCCCCACGGCAGCCGCUACCUCAACACGGGCUUCAUCGUCGCGCAAAACAGCACCCGCACCCACCGCCUCAUCGACGCCUGGCUCCGCUGCCCCUUUGGCGCCGAGUACUCGGGCUGUCGCCGCUUCGCGCACCAGUGGCCGCACGAGCAGGCCGCGCUCGUCAGCUUCGUCCACAGGUACGCGUUUACGCGCCCAGAAGACGUGCGCGCCGUGCCGUGCGCAGAGGCCAACGGCUCGCCGUGGACCGCCGCCGAGCACGGAUGCCGCGGCGCACUGGUACGGCAUCUUUGGCGGAACGGCAAGGGCCGGCAGCCGGAUGAGCUCGUCGACCAGGUGCUACGGUAUCUGAUGCCGGCGCUGUAUAGCGAUUUUCGGAAUGGGUACUACAAGACCUUGGCCAUGGCUUCGGCGCCUGAGAAGACAAAGAGUAACAGAGGAGGCUAA